UGGAACGCCAGGCUGGGCAGAGAGCAGUAGGAAGAACGACCACUCGUUGCUCUCUGGGAAGCCAAGAAGACAGUGUACAGUGAGGGGCUUCACACACCUCCCUUGGAUCCCAAAACUUGGCGACAGCUUCAGGGUUGGCCUCCAGCACUCAGACAGAACGGAUGUCGCCGCUGCCUGGGAUGGAUCAGAGCGAGAGUGGUGGUGGUGGCGGGUGUGAGGUGUGUGUAGUCCGCCCAUCACUCAACAUUACUCAGCGGGCCUCCAAGUACCACUAUUGUCCACCACCUGACCCAGGUCUGCUUGAAAGUCUUCGAACCAAAGUGAAAGAGACGUGUUCGUGUUCUGGAGGGUGUGUAGUAUCAGCAGUGAAGGCCCGGGUGCCCAUCCUCUCCUGGCUGCCCAACUAUGAUGUCCGCUCCUCUCUGCUGGGCGACGUGGUGGCCGGCGUCACCGUAGCCAUAAUGAACAUUCCAGUGGGUAUGGGAUACGUGCUGCUAGGCGACAUGCCGCCCAUAACUGGGAUAUAUAUGGCCUUCUUCCCUGUGCUUAUAUAUGCGCUACUCGGUACGGCACGACAUUCUUCAAUUGGAUCAUUCGGAGUAGUGUGCCUGAUGACUGGGAAGGUCCUUGAUGAAUUCACAGCAGCUCAGACCGCCUCUACCAUACCGCCUCUGGUCGGAAAUAUUACUAAUGAUUUGCCUCCCAGCACUACAAGGAUAUAUACUCGUAUGGAGGUGGCGACAGUUUUAGCGCUCAUGAAUGGAAUAGUGGAGAUCGUUCUGGGUUUGUUGAAGUUAGGAAGUUUGUGUGUUUACCUCUCUGAUAUGUUGGUGUCUGGCUUCACCACGGGGGCCGCUUUCCACAUUCUGGCCUCACAAGUCCCAAGUCUCCUUGGUAUCAAAAUCCAGUCAUACAAUGGCCCGUUGAAAGUCAUUUAUGCAUUCCGAGACAUCAUCAGUCAAUUAUUAUCGUCAAACCCAGCUGUCAUGACGAUCUCUGGGGUCACCUUCGCUGUUCUCAUCUUCAACAAUAUUUUUAUUAAGCCUUGGGUUGGUAAGAAAACAAAGAUUCCAAUUCCCAUCGAGCUGAUUGUGGUCGUUGCUGGGACGCUGGUGUCGUACCUGGGCGACCUUCAUCACACAUUUAAUAUACAAAUUUUGGGGGAAAUUCCCACAGGGUUACCCGAGCCUACUGCUCCGCCUUUUGAGUUGAUGUCUGUUUUGGCUGUCGACUCUGUGAUCAUCAGUAUUGUGGCAUACAUGUUGUCUCUCUCUAUGGCCAAGAUCUUUGCUCAAAAACACAACUAUAAUGUAGAUGCCACUCAAGAACUCUAUGCUAUGGGCGCGAGCAAUAUUUUUGGAUCAUUCUUCAGUUGCAGUCCCAUAUGUGCGUCGCUGGCUCGCUCGCUCAUCCAGGAAGCUGUAGGUGGAGUAACACAACUGACAUCCAUCAUAUGUUGUGGUCUACUGCUGUUUGUCCUGCUCUAUGUUGGGCCGGCGUUUGAGACUCUCCCAAAUUGUGUUCUUUCGGCUGUCAUCAUAGUGGCUCUAAGGGGAAUGUUUCUGCAAGUGAAUGACUUGAGGAAGGUGUGGGCGGCAUCUCGUGUUGAUGCUCUCAUAUGGAUUGCAACAUUCCUUGGUGUGCUAAUCAUAGACAUUGAUUACGGUCUGUUGCUGGGCAUCGCAGUGUCGCUGGUGGUGCUUCUGGGCCGAUCUCAACAACCCAGAACUGCCCGGCUUGGCCGCGUUCCCGACACAGAUGUCUACUUAGAUGUCAACAAAUACUCUGCGACAGUAGAACUGUCAGCGGUGAGUAUAUUUCAAUUUAAUGGCCCUUUGCAUUUUGCAAACUGUGAUUAUUUCCGCCAACAACUGAUCUCUACCACGGGUCUGGAGCCUGUUGCCAUCGCCGCCUCUAAGGCCUUACAAGAACACCAACGGCACCUGGAUGACCUUAAUACCAACCACACCAUGGAGAUCAAUGGAAGUGUUGCUGAAGACGGCAAAAAGAUCAACAAGAAAUUUAGCUUCCUAAAGAGGAAGUCCACGCUGAAGAUCAGUAAACAGGAUGAGACUCUGGCUCUCCCGCAGGUGCAGUGGCUUGUGAUAGAGAUGAGUGGAGUGAGUUAUACUGACUCUACUGGUGGGAACCUUCUCUCUCAGCUGAGCAAGGAGUACAAGCAAGCAGGAAUUACCCUGUGUCUGGCAGCUCUCUCAGAGAGUGCUCUGGAGACCCUUGAAGAGUGUGGCACGCUGAAAGAAAUUCCUCCCGAGUACAUCUUUCACUCUGCCCAUGAUGCUGUCAAGACACUAACCCAGGCUGACGUGCUUGCUGUUCCUGCUGCUGCUGAUGCUGCUCCCGAUGCUCAAGUUACUUGUACUAAAUUCUAAUACUUUACUAAAGUAUACACGGCAUCAUAAAUUCUAAUACUUAUACUAAAGUAUACACGGCAUCAUAAGUACAUGGUGGUAAAUACAAGCUUCGUACAUAGCUGGUUUAUGCAGAAAAUGGUUCAGGUGAGACUUGUACAACCAGGAAAGUUUGCUAAGAGAUUACUUUUUUAGGCUUUCUGAAUUAACAGUUUGUUAAUUAACUUUUCAUUUAAAAUUCCUGUUGGGGUAUAAUAAUACUCAGAUAAAAUAACUUAAGUAAAUGUGAUUAACAUCUCCAAAUCUCAAACAUCCGGGUUUCGUAUAGUUUAAGACCUGAGUCACAUAUAGUCUAAGUCAGCCUAACCCUGCUAGGAUUUCUGGCUAUAAGAUCAGACACUGUAAACACCGUCUGGCACGAGAGGGCCUAAGAGGACAGGUUGCCAGGGAUGGGGGGUUAAAUCCCAUGCUUCACGUUGUCGGGGACAGGAAGCCUGGCUUAUCCAGGUCCCCUUAGGCCAACUACUGACAUACUGCGUCAUGCAACCUAGCUUGCCUUACUUCUUUCCUUCUGGUAUUUAUUUAUAACUGCUAGGUGAACAGUGACAUAAGGAGAAAGGAAACAUUCCCACUCGUUUCUUUCUCUUGCCCAGUUGUGAGCCGAGGACGUAGACUACUGUGCUUCAGGAGACAUCCAUGCAAAAUUUAAGAACUUUUGUUAGUUUUGUGUUUUAUUUUGUACAUAAACGGUGACAAUGGUGAGGUAAAGGUGUUAGUAACAAGUAUAUGAAGAAGUUUAUGUAGAAGUUUAUGUAGAAGUAUAUGUAGUCUUGUGCUCCUGGGCCCUUGUGCCCCGGAGCACAAGAAUUAUUUGUAACGAUAAACUUAACAAAUAAUAAUUACUGCAUAUUAGUUUAUGAUGUGCUUAAAAUGCUUGAUGAAUUGUCCUGUCUUUAUAGCACAUCUGGUGAUGAGUCUGAGAUCAUCAGGCCCCCCUUCUCAGUACGCCUCAUGACUUAGCUUACGAUAAACACAACUAUCUUUAGCCUGCUUUCUGACGAGUUUAUGAUCAACGUACCUGUUAUGGCACUGAAGUAUACCAAAUAUAUUUCUUGAUGAAA